AUGUGUUUCAUUUCCAAGAACAGGCGCAGUCCCCACCGCACCCUCGUGUGUGACCGACCCGGAUUUUACCCUUGGAUGACCAGCGGGGGAGGCCGCCACGUCCCGGGGGCUGCGUGGCGAGGCCGCGCGGGGGGCUCCCGCCAGCAGCUAGAGGAGCGCUUCGCCGACCUGGCGGCCAGCCACCUGGAGGCCAUCCGCGCGCGGGACGAGCGGGACCGGCAGAACGCGCGACUGCGCGAAGAGAACGCCCGGCUGCGGCUGGAGAACCGCAGGCUGAAGCGCGAGAACCGCAGCCUCUUCCGUCAGGCGCUACGGCUCCCCGGCGAGGCUGGCGACUGCCCGCCCGCCGAGGCGCCGGCAGGCCCGGAGGACGCGGGCGCGAACCGGCGGUCGAGGGGCUGCGGCGGCCAGGACGAGGAGCCCGGCAGCCCCAGGGCCUUGAGGGCGCGGCUCGAGAAGCUGGAGGCCAUGUACCGCCGGGCCCUGCUGCAGCUACACGUCCAGCAGCAGGCGCGGCCCCCGCGCGGGGACCAGGACGAGCCGCCUCCGCGGGACCCCGAGGCCCACCUCCAUGCUGGGGACCCAGAACCCGCGGGGCCUUGGCUGUAGCCCGGGAGCGCGUCCUGGGGGCGUGGCCUGGAGGCGGGGCGCGAGCAGGCCCCGCCCUCUGCGCGCAGAACCUGGCUGCCCUCAGCCUAGGAAAAUCAGGGCUCUGUGUCCGCCCCGCCCACUGGCCUGCGGGCCCCGCCCACCGACGCUUCCUGGUGCAUCUUCAUUUCUGGAGCACCCAUGUAUGUGGUGCUGUACAGUCCAGAGGCCCUCAUGAUACCAGGGUGGGUUUCACAACGGGAAGAGCUGGCUCCCUGUGGGCACUUCCUCCGUUUUCAACUUUCCUAAGUGUUGUGAGGACUGCUUUAUCUUCGUUUUCUCUAGUUUUGACUCUUUGAGAAGUGAGUUGCUCCAGUGUAUUGAACGUUCUGAAGUUCCUCCAGUGAUCUCCUGUGUGGCAUGGCGGACACUUUGCGUAUUUGUUUUUUUAUAGAUUGGUAUUAAUUGGAUGUCCAAUGAAGUGUCUGUCUUUCUUUUACAAAGAUCAUUUAUAACUUAUGAUGACCCAUAACUCCAGUGCACACCCUAUACAUACACACUGAUUUGUCAAUGGAGAAUUUUUAAUGAUUCUGCUUAUAUGUUAUUAUUUUGAACGGGUGAAUAAAAUCUGGUGCGUCAAAAGUAA